AUGGCGGCCCCGGUUGGUGCUAUGGGUUGCCUCAGAUUAGCUUCAAAAUCGCGUCAGAUUUUUCUUUUCUCGCGGAAUUUUGCAUCAAGAAGGAGGAGAAGAGAGCCAAAAGUAAAUCUCAAGCGUUAUGAUAAUGUUUACGCCAUGAGUUAUCGAGAACCACCCAAACAGAUAUUUACCGAAGCAAUGGGUGCACUUCGUGCGUACAACAUUUCAUUGGAUGGAAUCACCGAUCAAAUUGUGGAGUUGUAUGUCAGGGUUGACAUGGGAGAAAAAACGGCAAGUGUCUUUUAAGAUGUGUUUCUAUUUCAUGUAACAGUUAUAAAAAAAAAAACGAAAGGAAAUAAAACAUAUUCCAUGUGCGCCCAUGGAAUAAUUGUGUAAGAUUGGCUUAGUAGUACUGCUGAACAAAGACGCAGCUAGCAUACGUAUGAUGAAAGUGAGAACCUUGUUUCCUUUUUUUUUCAGAAACAAAAGAUUAAUCCUUUUCAUGGUCUUAUGCUGCUUCCCAAACCAUAUGGAAUCGAAAGAAAAGUUCUUGUUUUUGCAAGGGUAAGAAUCUAUUUUAGAAGGGUUAAGUAGAGUUACAUUAGCUACAGCUUCAAGAGUUGCUGAUCAAUGGAAAAGAACAUAGGGACAUACUUGGAUCAAAGAAAUGUCCUAUCCACCUAGGAUUAGGGAGACCUUUAAACCUAUAAGUCACUAAUUCUUCAGUCUCACCAACCUGACAAACAGAAAAAUGAUCUAUGUUCUUAAAAAUGUUGUUUUAUUUCUCAUAACAGUUAACCUUUAACUCCCAUGAGUGACCAAGACAGAGUUUCUCCUUACAAUACUAAUAAAACAUCAACCAGAUAAGUGAUGAGAAUAAAGAAAAAUAUCAGUUUGGGGAUAAUUAGUUGAUCCAAUACUAAAUUCUCUGAAUUAACAUUAUAAGAAUUGUAUGGUUGAUAGUAAGGAGAAUAACAAAUUUGAUCUGGGAGUUAAAGGGUCAACCCUUUAACUCCCAUGAGUGUCCAAGACAGAAUUUCUCAUUACAAUAUUAAGCAGACAAGAAAUGGGAAUUAAGAAAAUUAUCAAUUAGGAGAUUCUGGAUCCAAAUACCAAAUAUUCUGUGCUAAAAUUAUAGGAAUCAUGUGAGAGACAGUAAAGAGAAUCUUGAGAGUGAAAAAGUCAAACAUAAUUCUUGAAAUUUUAACUUUAAAAAAUGCUGCUAGUUCUCUAACUUCAAAUGUCUGAUUUUUUUGUACUAACUGAAUACACUUUUCCUUGUAAAUUAGUUGUGAAAGAGAAUGUAGCAUUAGAUCAAGAUAACUGACUUCCACCUACAGUCGAACCUCGAUUAUCCGGACAUUGAUUAUCUGGACUUUUCGAUUAUCUGGACUUUUUCUCUGGUCCCGUUUUUUUCAUGAAUAUUAAUGACCUUAGAUGUUAAAAACUUUAGAAGGUAAAAAAUUCAGAAAUUAUGUUAAAAGUCAGGAAAAUUGUGUUUAAAACAGCGCAUUACAUGCUCCACUUUUUCGAAAGAUCGAGCACUUGGAGACAAAAAGAGACAAGAAGCAUUCUAAUGCUUUCAGCUGAAUUUUGAUUGGUUCAGCAUUGUUUUGUUGCUAAGGGAAUGUCAUGCUUGAUCAGUUCGAUGAGCGUGGGUUAUGUAAACACACGAGACGAUCAUAACCGAAUUGUCUCAUUAAUAUUCAAAUUUCGAUUAUCCGGACUCUCAAUUAUCCGGACUAUUUACCCUAGUCCCACCGAGUCCGGAUAAUCGAGGUUCGACUAUAAUAAGUCUUAGUACUCUGAUUAACUCCUUAAUUCCCAUGAGUGACCAAGACAGAAUUUCUCCUUACAAUAUCAAUACUAUAUCAAGCAGACAAGUGAUGAGAAUAUAGGAAAAUAUCAAUUAGGAGAUUAUAAGUUGAUCCAGUAACAAAUUCUCCAAACUAACAUCAUAAAAAUUGUAUAGGAGACAGUAAGGAGAAUCAGUGAUGAGAUCUUGGGAGUUAAAGGGUUAACUGUUUGCUAUCGUCAUUAAUUGUUUGCUAUUGUCAUUAACUGUUUGUUAGAUGACAGAUGGAUAUUUUAGGGAGAAGUGACAUGUUAAUCACUUCUGGAAGUUUAAGGGUUAGUGGGAGCCAAUACUCACAUUUCUUGACACGCCUAUAAAGCUGAUUACAUUACACUGUUGUCAACUGUGCCAGUGUUUUUGUGUCUCAGGGAGAAGCUGCUGAGGCUGCGAGAAGAGCUGGUGGAAAUUUUGUUGGCGAAGAGGAGCUUAUUCAACAGGUAAUGCAUCAGUGAUGAAGGAAAUAUAUUUGUUUACUCUCCUAAUGGAUUCUUCUAAAAGAUGAAGUCCCUCUCAAAAUGGACAAUUCAACUUGGUUGUAGUGGUUCCUGUUCCUUGCUCCAAACUUCCUGGGCAUUUUGUAGCCAAACAAACCGCAGGUUUCCACUCCAUUUACUCCCAAGCUCAAUUUUCAAAAUCAAUUUAAUGUUUUCGAGUAAAUAGCAAACAUACAGCUUUCCAUCAGUUUUAACCUUUCGUGAGAAAUGAGAAAUGAGAAUAAAGGAAAUUUUAAGAGAAUGUAAGGGGUUAGUAGACAGAAAAGUCGUCAAGUUUCACUUUCAGUUGUAAUUUGUUUUGUUUUGCUCUGUUUUACUGAAGGUUGCCGAUGGAGAGGUGACAGACUUUGAUCAAUGUUUAUGCACGCUGGAAUUUUUGGACAAAAUGAAACCCUUGCAAAAAAUUCUUAGAGAGAAGAUGCCAACUACUCGCAGAGGUAUGGAAACCAGCUACAAAAAUGCAUGCAUAGAUGUAAAUGUUUAUAAUACAAAACUUAUCACUUGAAAGCUUUUGAAAGAUAUGAGGGGAACUGCUUGCAAAUACAUGAUCAUCCACAUUGUACAGACUGUUCACUAUUGGCGAAGGUUUUGCUGAGAAGGAACAUUGUCAUGUACUGCAGUUUGAGCAUUUCCUUCUUCACUACAAUAACUAAAAUUACUGAUCACGUGUGAGGAUCAUUGCUUUGUUAGGUUUUCAUCUCCAGGUCAAAUAAUAAUUAAUAAUGAUUAAUAAUAAUUCAAUACUUACAUAGUGCAAUAUACAUAUAGAUAUGAUCUAACAUGCUUUAAAACAACUGAAAUAAAGUAGGUAAACCUAACAAUUAAAAACUUAACAUAAAUUUGUAUCUGCACAUCUUGCUAGCAUGGAAAUUACUAUCUCAAAAUAAUCUAAUCUAACACUUGCCAUUUAAAAACCUAAAAAACAAAAAUAUUGAUUAUAAAACUAUGAAUGAUAUGAUAUAUGGUAAAAUGAGGAAAUCGUAGAUUUAUGCUUUAUUUCAAUAAUCAUUGCUCUUUAAUGAAACAUUUUGAAAUACUUAGUUACUGAUAUGCUCUGCUAAAUAAUAGUCUUAAUGUCUUUCUUGAAUUUUAAAAUUCAAUGAAUUGAUUUGUGACAAGUUGUAAUCAAAUUCCUCGUUGAGAAAGAAGAAACCUCUAAAAUUUUUCCAACUCCAACAUGUGGGUUUGUAGUUCAAUUGUUAGUGGUGCCAGCAAAUCAAAGCCUGAUUCUUUUUUCAAGCUUUUUCACUUCAACUGCUACAAUUGCAGCUCGCCCACGAGGAGUAUUUCUUUGAUUGAUUUUCAUUUCAUAUACAGGUCAACGUAAAUUUAUUUCUGUUCAAGUUGCUCGGAAAUUCCACUGGAAAUUAUUCAUAGACUUGUUUUCACUGACGUUAUAUAGUUUGAUUUUAGGCACUGCAUCCGAUAACAUUGCUGCUGCAAUCGAUGCGUACAAAAAGGGUCAUCCGUACAGGUGUGACAGAGAGGGAAUCGUCAAUAUUGGAGUGGGAAAGGUAACUGAUAAUUGUUGUCAGGAAAUGAAACAUCGAUUACGAUACGACUUGUUUUUGUUUUGUUUUUUUUUUAAUGUUAAUAAACUUCUUUGCAGCUCAGCUUUACAGACUCAGAAGUAAGGAUCAAUGCAUCAGCAGUGUUAUCUACACUUGCCACUCACGGAACUGUUACCAAAGGUAAUGUGCUUGUUCUUCAUCACAUUUCUUACCCUCUCGCAGUGCUUUGUAACGUUAUGGCCUCGAACCCAAACGUCUCUCGUUCGCCUUGACCUAACUCGAGGCAAUUUUUCUUUUGUCAACUGAGUUGAUUUUGUUAGCCGACGUUUCAUCAGCCCUUCGUCAUUCUCAGGCUCUGACGAAUUACAUUAUAACUCAGUUGUGGCCCUUACACUAUUGACGUUGAAUGUCACAAAGUAACACCUUAGUUAUCACAACAGCCUAUCAGAUCAAAGAAAAGCAUUAAAAGAGCCAGUGAUAAGUCAAAUCAGAAAGUGGCGGGGAAAUAAGCACGGGAAAACACGUGCGACCAAGUGGCGAUUGAUUGCUAAGAUUGGCCUGGCGAUGACCUAAAUUUUCUCGGCCAAUCACAGAGCUUCGUAAGAGAAAACCAAUUCAUCCCCAGGUGACUGUCGAUACUCUGCACUGUUCUACUUACACUGAUUUUUUUUCUUAAAUUUGCAGGUAAAUUCUUCAGGGAACUUGUUAUUUCAUCUGAAAGAGGGCCAAGCUACCCUCUAGAAAUCGCUGAGUGGGUCAGCUGA